AUGCCGGAGCGGGGCGGCGGCGGCUCCGAGCGCGCCGCGCUGGCCCUGGCCCGGCUCUCCGAGUGGGCGGACGCGCACCUGGGGCUGCUGCGGGGCCUGAUCGCCGGCGCGGCCGUGGCCGGGGUGCUGCUGCUGGCGCGGAGCCUCCGCGUGACAACAAAGUUCACAAGUCCUUUGGAUAUACCUGUGGAGUUCAUAGAAAAGAAUGUGAAAUUGAGAGGGAAAUUACAUCACAUCACAGAGAAGGGCCUGGAAGUUGAGCAUGUUCCCAUCAGCAUUCCUUUCAUCUCAACCAUCCAGAGAAAAUGUGGCAAACUGGGGAAUAAAAGGCAUGAGGAGACCUGCACAGAGGGGCAGUCGGAGAGGCUCCUGCUGAUCCGCCUGGCCGGGGUGGAGCUGGCUCCAGGUGGCACAGCCUGGCUGCAGCGGGAGCUGCUCCCCAAACAGCCCCUGUGGUUCCAGCUGCUGGGGAGGGACAGCUCGGCCCUGGAGUGCCUCGUUCUAGUCCAUAAGGGUGGAUUUCUCAGCAUGUGCUUGAACGAAGAGCUCUUGAGGCAAGGGCUGGCCAGAGCAGCCCGGAUUGAGGGGCUGCCUCACCACUCCCACCUCUACUGGAAACUGCACAAACGGCUCCUCCGGGCUGAGUUAAAGGCUGUGAAGAAAAAUAAAGGCAUAUGGAAAGACCAAAACUACUCUGAAAGAGUCCAGGAGCGCAUAAGCAGCAAUAAAUUCCUGCAGAGGCUGAAACAGUUUGUGAGCUGGGUUAGAAGCUCUACUGAGAGGUGAAAAGGUGGGGAAUGCAGUUCCCCAGCUUGUGGGAUUUGUGUAUGUUAUGUAUGUAUGCUAUGUUGGUGUUCACAAACAGUGCUGUGAUGUUGAGGGUCCCUGUCUCAAACACAAACCCCACAGUUAAUGGGUUACACAGAUUAUAAACCCCCAGUUUGUGGUUAUUUAGAAUGUAUCCCAUAUCACAACCCACAUGGGAUGGAAGUUCAGUAGCAGCAUGCAGGCCACAAUGAAAAUGUUCUGAUGCCAGACCUCCACAGUAAUGUCCAGAAUUAGUUGUCCAGUUUCCCACCUGCUAAACUCCUCCAAGCUGUGCUGCCCAGUGCAGGUUUGAGGGGCAGAGACCUCUCACACCUCUAUAAUGUGCCAUUGCUGCCAAGCCCACACUGGACAGAAACCCCAUGUCAGGCCUUUAAAAAGCUCGUGGGAUGGGUUUAAACACAACCUUUUUGUUUGAAUUCUGUUCUUACACUACUUUUUUGGUGUAAUUUGUGGUUUAAAACUCGUUCAUCUUGAAUAACGGGUUGCAUUGUUAGUGAUAUAAAAGGUGAUUUGUUUUGGCUGAUCUUAAAAAGCUGAUAAGGUUGUAAUAACUAAAGUUCCUCAGGGGAAAAAAAUCACUUGGUGUAUCAAAGAAUAUAAUGUCAGGAAUCCAAAUUUGUCAAGGAUAUCUUUCAUUUAAAGAGGAAAAACCCGUGUUGUUUCUUUCUGAUGGUUCUGUAAGUAUCUAAGAUUAGAUUAAUAUAAAACUUUAACAUGAAAUUUGACAAGGAGAAUCAGACUGUUCUAAGAACUUGGAUUUUUGCUUUAUUUUUGAUACACAUGUGAAGUAUAUGAGUAUUACUUUUUAUGUUGUAAAUAUU